CAGAGUGGCCCCGGGUGUGACGCAGAGGCGGAGACUCCAUUGGAUCCAGGGCUGUUAGGUUAGUCCCGUCCUCACUACGCGCUCUGCUGCAGAGGCUCUGACAAGUUUCCUGUUGAAGACCACAGAAACGUCUUUCCUUCUGUUUACGACGUGUUUAAAAUGUGAAGAAAUGGCCGGUACAAGCUCUGAUUGGGUGGAGAUCUUGGAGCCGCGCUCUCGUGAGAGGAUGUAUGUGAACCUGAUCACCGGUGAGUGCGGCUGGGAGCCUCCGUCUGGAGUAUCAGUCCGUCAGGCCGAUGGGAACCAGUGGUGGGAGCUGUUUGACCCCAACAGUGGACGCUUUUACUAUUACAACUCCACUGGCCGCCGCACCGUCUGGCACCGGCCUCAGGGGGCAGACAUUGUGCCCCUGUCCCAGCUCCAAGCCAUGAAGCGGAGCACGGAGGUCAAGAGAGCAGGAGGAGCACUUCAGGGAGCCCAGCAUGGUACCACAGGCAGCGUCAGCAGCAUGGGCAGCCAGGAGCGCAGCAACCCUCUGUCAGAGGAGGAGGCAGACACCCUGCCCAAAAGUCAGGACGCCCCGGAGGAGGCCACCCAUCCUGAGCUUGACCCUUCAGUGGACAGCAGGUCACAAGGAGAUGGCAGCAGUGUGGACAUCAACACAGAGAGCAGCAAAGACACACAGAGAGAUGGUCCUCAGAGAUGGCAGCCUGUACCUGGCUCUAAGGCAGCCAUGUUAGUGAAAGUGAACAGCAUGAGCCGAGGUCAGGCCAUGCAGCAGCAGUUUCUCCAGCUCAGCGGCCCUGGCAGACCCAACACCUUCACCAUGCACCCCUCCGGCAGCAAGCAGGGGGGACACUCAGCACAGGGCUAUCAAACUGCUCCCUCUGGAAAAAUGGGUGUAGAUGCACGGCACGCCCAUCACCUGAGAAAGGCCAGCAAUGGGAGCUUCUGUUUGGUGGCAGAUAGUGGUCACCCUAGUCCCCGGUUGCACCGGUCUCAGACCAGCACCCCUAGGCCUGUCUCCCCUCAGUACGGUUACACCACCCCAAUCUAUGAUGAGCCAGUGACUGAAUGUCCCAUUUAUGAUGAACCUCCCAUGGACAUGGAGAUAGAGGGGGCUCAUCUGUACAAUGGACAACAGUUGUCCCGUCUGACACCUACUCACAGCUUACAAAAACCCAGGUUUCUCCAGCAUCCAACUCCCGGUUCCAGGCAUAGAAGGAACCAAUCCUCCUCAGACUAUAGCCCAGCUGGACUGGAGUGCAUUAAACACAUGGUCAAUAUUGACCCAAAGCAGGGGCUUGUAACAAGCUCUCCUGUACCCACCCGCACCCCUUCCCCUACCUGUAGACAUGACCCUAUGUUAUCCCAGCCCCUUCCCCAGGCUAGAGGACAAGUACGGGAAAGAGACGCCGGGCAGGCCCCUAAUACACUGGACAAAAAGCAGAACUGGAGAGUUCUGGAGGCUACAGUGCAACGUGCCAUGGAGGCUCGCCAUAGCCGCCAGAGUAGCCAGGCCUCUCAGGACUUCCCUCCAUCGACACCCCAGCCCACAGCCAACUACCAGGACUCUGGCUACUCAACUGGGCCUUCCCCCAGUCUGAGAAGGAAGAGUCGCAGGAGAGUUGGGCCUGGGGCAGGGGCUGGAGGCAGACCCGGAUCAGUGGGCAGCACUGGUGAACUGUGUGCCCACGAGAAGCUGAUGGCAGAGAUGAGAGAGGUGGUCAGCCGCUCCAACACCAUGAGGGAGGUGCGGGCUGGCCUGGACAACCAGGACAUGGUGGACAGAGGAGUGGUCCCGCACACACGCUCCCCUGCUAACUCCCUUCGGUGGUAUGGAGGGGGAACAGGGGGUUCGGGAAGGUCCUCAUCGCGAGAGGAUCUCAAUUCAGCAGGUCGUUCUUUGGGCAGAGCAAACCCUGCUCUGAGCCCUUUGGAGAUGCCCGGGAGACAGAAGAGAACCUAUGAGAAAGUGGACACACUAGAGAUGAGUGUGACCAGCCAGGCCAGUCUGUCUUCCCCUGAGACCCCAGGACCACCUUCACAGGCAGGAACUCUCGAGCUCCCAGCUCCUCUGGACAGUCAUAAGAAAUGUAUGGUAGACGGCCGCACUGCUUCUUUAGGCCCUCACCGCACAGAGGGGAGAGAGGGAGCAGACUCUGAAGGAGGCAGAGGAGUUGGGAUGUCCUACCAGCUUGCCUACGCCACCCUGCGACAACCUCCACCUCCAGAGAUGGGCAUGGAGGACUGGGCCAGCAAACACCUCAACAUGCACACCCAAGGCCUGUUUCGGAGGCGCGUGUCCAUCGCCAACAUGCUCUCCUGGAACAGAAGCUCCAUCAAAAAGCCCAUGCUUGUCACCAGCAACCGCACUGUCCGUAAAGAAGCUUGUGAAAUGUUCAAACUGGUCCAGGCCUUCAUGGGUGACAGGCCAUCCCGCCUGGACCGCAGACACUGCGCCCUGCUGAUCGUCACAAAGUGCUGGGACCUGCCCGGACUAAGGGACGAGCUGUACGUACAGCUGGUGAGGCAGACCACAGGGAAUGCAAGUCCCAGGAGUCUAGCAGCAGGUUGGGAGCUGAUGGCAGUCAGUUUGGCCUUCUUUGCACCGUCCCCAAAGUUCCGCUGUUACCUGGAGGGCUACAUCCAGAGACACACGGAGCCUGUCAGCGACAAGAAAUGUGAGUCUCACAUUGAGCAACACGUGACUCAGUUCAUCCUGGAUCAACAGGAUCUGAAGCUGAAGAAGAACUCAAAGUCAAGAAAGAAGAGGAAACAGAGCACAGACGAUGAGGAAGAAGGUCUGCCUAUUAGCACUUAUGCCAAGUUUUGUCAUCGGAAACUUCAGAAGGUGGCCAUCACGGGUGGGAAAAAGGGUCUACGGAAGCCCACCUUAGAGGAGAUCGACCACAGCAGACGGGCCAUAGUCACCCCCUCAUUGUUCGGCAGCUCCCUUGAAGAGGUUAUGGAGAGGCAGAGUGAGCUGUUCCCAGACAGGAAACUACCUUGGGUGCAAGUUCAACUGUCCCAGUAUGUGCUGGGGCUUGGCGGGGCUCAGACAGAGGGCAUCUUCAGAGUGCCAGGAGACAUUGAUGAGGUGAAUGCACUGAAGCUUCAAGUGGAUCAGUGGAGGAUUCCAGAGAAUCUUUCUGACCCUAAUGUACCUGCCUCACUAAUGAAGCUGUGGUAUCGUGAGCUGGAGGAGCCGCUCAUCCCAAUGGACUUUUACAAGCAGUGCAUCAGUAACUGUGACGACCCAGUAGCUGCAAUUGCUGUGGUCCAGUCUUUGCCUGAGCUCAACAGGCUUGUCCUCUGUUACUUUAUCCACUUCCUUCAGGUUUUUGCACAGCCAACAAAUGUUGCUGUAACUAAAAUGGAUGUGAACAACUUGGCUAUGGUCAUGGCCCCCAACUGUCUACGAUGCCAGUCUGACGACCCUCGGAUCAUCUUCGAGAACACACGCAAAGAGAUGGCUUUCCUGAGAAUGCUUAUCGUUCACCUGGACACGAGCUUCAUUGAAGGAGUGGUGUAGAGGAAAUAAA